AUGAAGCUCACCUGGGACAUCAACGACCCCAAGCUGCCGCAGGAGCCCAAGCACUUCGAUGCCUUCCAGGAAUGGCCCGAUGGCUACGUGCGGCUCAUCUACUCGAGCGAGGAGAAGAACGCGCAGCGGCACCUCAGCGGCUGGGCCAUGCGCAACACCAACAACCACAACUGCCAGAUCCUCAAGAAGUCCUGCCUGGGCGUGGUGGUGUGUGCCCGGAGCUGCGCUCUGCCCGGCGGGGCCAGGCUGCAGCUCCGCCCCGCCAUAUGCGACAAGGCUCGGCAGAAGCAACAAAAGAAAGCCUGCCCCAACUGUAACUCUGCCCUCGAGUUGAUUCCUUGCCGAGGACACAGUGGCUAUCCAGUCACGAACUUCUGGAGGCUUGAUGGAAAAGCAAUAUUUUUCCAGGCUAAAGGAGUCCAUGACCACCCCCGGCCAGAGAGUAAACUGGAGGCAGAGGCAAGAAGAAGUGCAAUUAAGAAGCAAAUGUCCUCUUAUCACCACUCCCAGAAAAAGAGAUCUCUAAACUCCGAGGCAGGACGGUUCCAUGACAGCGGUGGUUACACCAAUAACCUACAGAAUUUUCACUGCAUGGAUGGCCCAGAAAGAGUUGGUAUCUUCACAGACACCAGUUUUUCGAUUCCAGCCCAGUCUUACCCUUCACUGCAGAACGCAGACCUCUACAAGGCCCCUUACGACUCAGCCAGCUUCCCAGAGGACCCGCUAUUGCCGUACCCUAAGUGUCCAAAUCCAAGGAUCUACAUGCCCAGGCCAUGCAGUUACGAGUUUGGAGUUCCUACCUUCAUAAGCUCGAAUCCUUACCCAACAUUUUACACAGAUCUGACCAGUCCUGCCAUUGAUGCAGACCCCCCCAGUCUGAACGGGUCUCACUACAACGCUGCGGCCACCCACGACAAGAGCUUUGAUAACCCUGGCAGACAUUAUGGACUGAAACCAGCGUGGGGGAAGACGGGCGGCGGAGACCGGAGUGACUACGGGCAGAUGCCAACGAGUGCUCCCCACCCUUACUACGGCGGGGACUAUCCCUGCAGGUACAGCCCCAGCCCCGCGCCCAUGGCCCCGCCGCUGCAGACCGUCAUCACCACCACCACCAAGGUGUCCUACCAGGCCUACAAGCCACCCGCGCUGAAAUACAGCGACAACCUCUGCGAUAUGAAAAACCUCCAGAGCUACACCCACGUGGCAGAAAACGUCUCAGGUGCCAUCUAUUCGGGGAUGAAGAUUCAGGAAGACUUUGGGAUGAUAAAGUCAGCGUUGCUAUACCAGCACGACUCCGUCCCCACAAAAUCCAAACCAGCUGAGAGCGUGGAGAGCUAUCGGUAUGGAUUCCCCCUGGGCAGCAGCUUUGCUGAGCAUGAAGGCCAGCCCCUAAGGUUUGAGAGCGCUGAAUAUUGACUAAACCAUGCCCAAAUGACAAAUAUGUGCAGAUGAGAGAACAAAUUAUUGUGUUGACCAUGUUAGUGCUAAGACAAGUGGCUUGGGAUUUGAGGAGAUGUAAGGAAGCAGAACAUCAAGACAGCUUUUUCCCAAAAGCACCUUCCUGGAACUGUGUGCUGAGUGAAUUAUAUUCUGCAUCUAAUUUCAAAGAAGCCCCACACAAUCUCUAAAUUGGCACAAGGAACUGAGCCCAAAACACACCUCGGAGAAGGUAAAAUGGAGCUUCCAGCUCCUCUGGAAGUCAACAGCCUCCUCUGACACCAAGUGCAAUCCACUUAUAGCUACAACUCCUGCCAGAUGCCUCAAGCUUUGAGAGAAAAUGCUCCACCUUUAAGAAAGGACUAAUCAGGUAAUAGAAAAGAAAUAAAGGAAGGUGGCUAUAGAUUAUAGUCAACUGAAGGAAAUGGCAGGGAAAGAAAGAAAUGUAAAAGCAAGAGAAUUUGCAGAAUAAUUCACCUGAAUGGUCCAUUUACCUGCCACGAUCCUUUUGAUGAAUGGAGAGAUCAGCUAAGUUUCUCUGAAAUGAGAAAUUAAAAACCUUAAACCUAAGAAAUGAAACAUGCUAAAUUCAUGUUGCUUUUUGAACCCUUGUAUCAAGACUGGAGUAUACCCAGCUUUUCUAUGUAAGGACAGCCCAGCCACAGCAGGAACUGAUGCCCUGUAACUCUCAGCCUGGAGGCACGAAGGCUCAGGCAACCCCCACCAAGCCUGCUCAGCAUCACAUGGCUGCCAGAGUUAACUUAUGUGGUCCUGAAAACCAUUUACAGGGAAACUGUUUUUGCUUAAAGGGGCCUGGCAAGCUGGUCAGACCAAUUGGUUAUUGGUGCAGAAUUCUCUUUAUCCAUGAAUGCAACUCAUCCUGUCUAAGAAUGCAACAUCCCAGCUCCUUAGUAUGGGACAGUGUUGAAUGAACCUUUCCUUGCUGCCUCUCUGCACUCCAUCUCCAUCAGGUCUUUCUCCCUCUCCUGAGGGACUUCUAGUCCUUUUUCUCUCUGUAAUCAUUGCUCCCCGCAACAGCACUACUUCAGAAAUUAAACAAGCCAACAGAGAGGUUACAAAACAAAAUCUCCAAACUGAUCUAAGCAAAGAACACAUAAGGAAAUGCAUCCCCAAAUUCAUCCCUAAACCAACUAAUUCUUAGUUAAUCUGGAAAGAAGGAAAAACAGAGCAGUGCUGGUUAAAAACUACAGAUAUUUUGAUAGCUGCCUAGUACUAGGGAAUAGAACUCUCACCCAAAAUGGGUGUGCCAAACAAGGGAGCUAAAUAGACACAGGGAAUUAAUGGGGUCAAAAAAUUUCUUUUGGUAUCAUUAAUAUUAAGUUACCAAGUAUCUUUAACUUUUUGAACACUUUUUUUUUACCUCUCUCUUAUGUAUAUUUUUACUAUGUUUUGAGAAGCAGCAUACUACUUUACUUUUUCAAUAAAUGUGAAAUUAUAUUUAAAAGCAAGGCACCAUGUAAUGUGAGUAGCUGGCUAGUUAGAAUUAUAAGGCUCAGUGCACUGAAGCCAUCAUUAAUCUGGUAAACAAAUUUUAUUUUCAAUGAACAGCAUGCAAAUCUGUUUGCAUCUGAGGUUUAAAAAUAGUUAUUUCUGGUGUAGUAUAUUUUCUUUCUUUUGAUUUUUUUUUAUGAAAAGCAGUAUGUUCAGUCCGAGAUGUGAAACCAAGCCCCACAGGAAUCUAGUUAAUAGCAUCCUAUUUCAGCAGUGGAUUGUUCAGCAUUUUAAAAAUUCAAGCCAGACAAAGAUGGAAUUCACAAAAAGACUACAUUAAUUCACCUGCAACAAACUUACCUUAUCUUUUAGCUCUAGUGUACUUGCUAUAUAUCUCACUUGGCUUUUGUUAAACUCUUAUGGCAGCACUUUUACCAAGUGUUUUAAAUUACUGAUAAGAAGAGAUUCAGGUGAACAACAUCAAUUUGACAAUUGGCCCACACACUAACCUUUAAAAAAAGAAAAUAAAAUGGUGGUUUGUGAGUUAUUACCCAAAAUUUUAGAGUUUAGGAAUAUGUAACACAAUGCCUAUUUACAGAACUGUUAUUUCUCAGCUGUAUGCCAAAUCAUAUCUAGGCAUUUUACAUGUAGAAUAAAAGGCAAGGCUUACAGCCUUAUAAGUGUAAAGGGGGAAAAAAAGAAAAAAAAAAAAAAAGAAAAAAAAAAUGGGGGAGAA